AAUUUAAUGUUUUUCCCCUCACUCUCUAAGGUUGCUCUAUAACUAGACAAAAAAAAGAGAGCAACAAAAUACAAAAAAGAAAGACAAAAAAUAAGACAUUCAUUCAUAUCAAUUAGUGGUAUAUAUUGCAAGCAAAAUUUCUCAAGUAUAAGCCAUUGUUCUAUAUCUCAUAGAAAUGGGUGAAGAGAACAAAGAAGAAGGAAAGAAAGAAGAAACCAAAGAGGAAAAGAAGGAAGAAGAGAAAAAAGAGGAAAAGAAAGAAGAAGAAGUAGAACAACCUCUAGAGAUAGUGCUCAAGGUUGAUAUGCAUUGUGAAGCUUGUGCAAGGAAAGUUGCAAAAGCAUUGAAAGGAUUUGAAGGAGUGGAGGAGGUGAGUGCAGAUAGUAAGGGCAGCAAAGUGGUGGUGAAAGGAAAGGCAGCAGACCCCAUAAAGGUACUCAAAAGACUACAAAAGAAAAGUGGUAAGAAAGUGGAACUUAUUUCACCUUUGCCAAAACCUCCAGAGGAGAAAAAAGAAGAAGAAAUUAAAGCACCACCACCACCACAGCCAGAGGAGAAAAAGGAUGAGCAGCCUCCUCCUGUGGUAACAACAGUUCUAAAAAUUAGAAUGCAUUGUGAUGCAUGUGCUCAAGUUAUUCAGAAACGAAUCCGUAAGAUUAAAGGAGUAGAAUCAGUGGAAACAGAUUUGGGAAAUGAUCAAGCCAUAGUAAAAGGAGUGAUUGAUCCAGAAAAGCUUGUUGAUGAAGUGUUCAAGAGAACAAAAAAGCAAGCUUCUAUUGUGAAGGAGGAAGAAAAGAAGGAAGAAGAGAAGAAAGAAGAGGAGAAAAAGGAAGAGAAAAAAGAAGAAGAGAAAAAAGAAAGUGAAGAAAAUAAGGAAGAAGAUGAUAAUAAAACCGAAAUCAAGCGUAGCGAAUAUUGGCCAUCAAAAGACUAUGUUGAUUAUGCUUAUUAUGCACCUGAGAUUUUCAGUGAUGAGAAUCCAAAUGCUUGUUCUGUUAUGUAAACCUGUUAUUUGUACUAUGUAUUUUUAGUAGCUUAUUAGAUUAAGUUAAUUUUCUAUGCUAUGUAACAUAGUAUACUAGUGAAUAUUUUAUGGUGUUUAGCUUUCUGUUGUGUUUAUGAACUUUCAAUGUAUUUCACUGUCAAAAGAUGGCAGAAUCACUCAUGUUGGUGUUUGUGCUAAAAAUGUGGUAUUACUGAA